UUCUCAGAAUCGGAGCGUCUUGUAAGGACCAUUAUUUGCCUGGUUAGGAUACUCUGUCAUGGCGUUACAGCCCAUUUCUGACGGGCCAAAACCCAAGAACGUUUUGCACUGGUUUCGUCGAGGACUCCGCCUUCAUGACAAUCCCGCUCUUUUGGAGUCUAUUCAAGGUGCAACAACUUUCAGAUGUGUUUAUAUUCUGGACCCUUGGUUUGCCGCAGGAACCUCACAAGUUUCAGUCAACAAAUGGAGGUUUCUCAUUCAGUGUCUAGAAGACCUCGAUAGCAGUCUCGCCAAAUUAAAUUCCAGGCUUUUCUUAAUCCAAGGCCAACCUGCCAAUGUGUUUCCAAAACUAUUCAAGGAAUGGGAUAUCAGUCACCUAUCAUUUGAGGAGGACCCAGAACCAUACGGAUCAAAACGGGAUGCGGCAAUCACUGCUUCAGCACAAUCUUUAGGAGUAGAUGUUAUUGUGCGCACCUCACACACAUUAUUCAACCUACAAAGAAUAUUACAGUUAAAUGGAGGUCUUGCCCCAAUCACGUAUAAAAAGUUCCAGAGUAUUCUAUCAUGUAUGGAGCCGCCAUCCCGUCCAGUUGAUGCUGUUUCCCUCGCCAACUUAGGUCGGGCUCAUACGCCAAUCUCCGAAGACCAUGAUGAGAAAUAUGGAAUACCCACAUUAGACCAGUUAGGUUUUGACACAGAAAAGUUACUGCCAGCGGUAUGGAGAGGGGGCGAAGCUGCGGCCCUUGACAGACUAGAGCGCCACCUGGAACGUAAAGCAUGGGUGGCGACGUUUGAACGACCGAAAAUGAUGCCACAAUCGCUCUCAUCCAAUCAAACAGGUGUCUCACCUUAUUUGAGAUUUGGUUGCUUAUCACCACGGUUUUUCUAUUGGAAGUUGACAAACUUGUAUAGAAUGGUCCACAAACGGAGUGAGCCUCCACUCUCCCUCCAUGGACAGCUGCUGUGGAGAGAAUACUUCUAUACCCUGGCAACCAACAACACCAAAUUUGACGUGAUGCUGGGCAACCCUAUCUGUAUCCAAAUACCCUGGGACAAACAUCCGGUCGCUUUAGCGAAAUGGGCAGAGGGUAAGACUGGUUUUCCAUGGAUAGACGCCAUCAUGAUGCAGCUGAGACAGGAAGGAUGGAUCCACAACAUCUGUCGCCAUGCCGUCGCUUGUUUCUUAACGAGAGGUCACCUCUGGUCGUCGUGGGAAGAGGGCAUGAAGGUGUUUGAUGAGCUGUUACUCGAUGCUGACUGGAGUACUAAUGCUGGCAUGUGGCUCUGGUUGUCUUGUAGUUCGUUCUUCCAACCGUUCCUUCACAGUCAUUGUCCAGUCAAGUUUGGCAAGAUUGCCGACCCAAAUGGCGACUAUAUAAGACGGUAUAUUCCUGUUCUGAAGAACUUUCCCAAGCAAUACAUAUUUGAGCCUUGGCUGGCUCCGGAGAAUGUUCAACGUGCGUGUAAAUGUGUGAUCGGGCGAGACUAUCCUUUGCCAAUGGUUGAUCACACGGUGGUUGGCAAGAUUAACUUCGAGAGGAUGAAGCAGGUUUUCAAACGUUUACUGACGCCGUGGAACAUUCAGCAGUCGUCCUCCUCCUCAGGUUUGAAGCGACACAGUGAACGGACGCCCGAUAUCUACUACGGGAAAUCAGCCCGACACGGUAUCACCCACAGCAGUCAUUCCGUCUACCCACAGAGCGGGAGAUAGUCUCUGCACCGUGCACCCACAGGACAAGUUGCUGCUGUAUAUAACGUGACCACACUUAGAAUAAUCAGGUCGAUCAUAUCGUCGGGAUACACCACGUAUGGCAUACAUCUUUGCAUUUACUCAGGCCUUAACUUGUUUGUAUAACAUAUCUUAUUUUGGUGCUCUCAGAAGUGGGAGGGGUUGUCCCAUACUUAGGUGGACUAUAGGUAGAGGCUAGGUGAUCACCUUGGUAGUCCUCAGAUGACUCGUAAGCACAGUUAGGGGUGAGGGUUGUGCUUGAAUCAGCAAUAAUCAUAUUCCACAUACCAUCGUGAAUAGCUUCAAUGUUCUGUUACAGGUAGGGAGACCUGUCAAUACUGUACUUAUAUGACUGUGAUUGUAUUCUGUUCCCAGUCAGUUGUAAACAUUAUCCCCUAGAGUUCUCCGGGGAUGUUAUGGAACAGCUUUUAACUUUUGACUGAAUAUUUGACUGUAAAUCAGAGAAUUGAAAUGUGUAUGUUCAUGUACAUGUAUUUGUAUUUAAAUAAAGUUUGUAUUCUUAAUG